AUGGGGAAGACAGAAGUCAGGUUGGAAGGUGAUUUCGAUAGCAGUGGUAUCUAUGUGCCCAGCAGUCUGACCAAGGCAGUCGCUCAUCGGCACAUUGCAAGUCGUGCUGUGCAGCGUAGCCUGGCUAUAAUCAGACUGGCCAAGCAGAAGAAAUCUAAGAAGAAAGAGUACUGCAUGUACUACAACAGAUUUGGAAAGUGUAACCGAGGGGACGAUUGUCCCUAUAUACAUGACCCUGAAAAGGUUGCAGUCUGUACAAGAUUCCUACGUGGAACGUGCAAAAAAACUGACGGAACAUGUCCUUUUUCGCACAAAGUUUCAAAAGAUAAGAUGCCAGUUUGCUCUUAUUACCUCCGAGGGAUCUGCAAUAAUAACAACUGCCCUUACAGCCACGUGUAUGUGUCUAGGAAGGCUGAAGUUUGCCGUGAUUUCCUGAAAGGAUACUGCCCAUUGGGAGCAAAGUGCAAGAAGAAGCACACACUUGUUUGUCCUGAAUUUUCCAAGACUGGGAGCUGUGCACAGGGUUCCAAGUGCAAGCUGCAACACCUACAGCGGAAAAGUAACAAGCGAAAACACGCUUCUGAUACAAGUCAGGAUGGAGUGGAAGAGGAGGGCGCAGCUUUAAAGCAAGUUAAACUCAUGGAUGACAACGAAAGAGAAAUGGAGAAGACUGUGAAGCAAGUAUCCUCAGAGACAGAAGCUAACCUUUCUAUCGUCACUGAAGAAUUGAAGAACAAUAGCAGUAACCAGUGUUGGUUGCCAGCAUUCAUUGCUCUUCAUUCAUCCACAUCCUGUGAAGAGAAAGCAGAUUCUGAAGUAGAAGUAGUAAGAGCAGGUGAAACACAAGGGAAACCAAUUCAGAUCAAACCCAGAUUUUGAUUGAUUUCUGCUGACGUUCCAUCACAAAACCAUAUCAACAUUAACCAAGUAGCAGAAAGAAGCCUUGCUUGGGAUGGUUUAUUCACCUCGAGUUAAACUGUUUGGACAGCGAGCAGAAGAGACAUUUCCGACUGCUGUUUUGCACAAUCAUUUUCUGUGGUGCUUUCUUCUCCCUCUGAUGUAAGAACCCAGAUUAUGGCCUUACAAGAAAACCUCCGGGGACAUUGCAAUUACAAAUCUAGCAGUGUUUACUAUUCAUCUACACGUACCAUUUGAGGGAAAUAAUUCAUUUAAGCAAUGAUUCUGAUAUGAAUCUUAGUUGCUUAGUUUCUGAGCCUCAAGGAUGUAUUUUGUUUUUCUGUCCCAGAACAGUGGAGCAACAUUUAAAAAUGGUGGUUUUUAUAUUGUUGUAGAUUCUGAAUUUGUUAAAACAAAAGCUCAGCUGCCUCCAGUUUUAUUAAAUAUUAUAAAGUUUUGAUUCUUGUUAUUAUGUGUGUAAUGUCUUGGUGUGCAUUAUUCAGAACUUUACCUUGCUUGAUGGGUAGUGUAAUGGGAACUCUACUCCAUACUCCAAGAACACCUGACUUGGGAAUUCUUGAUUCUUAGAGCUAAUAGAAAAGUGAAAACUGUUCCAUUGUCCAUAGCAGAAUCCUUAUUCCUAAACACUAAAUUUGACAAAAAAAAGUAAACCCAACCCAAGACAUUUCUAAAUAAAAACCAAAAGAACUGCGGGUGCUGUAAAUGAGGAACAAAAACAGAAGUUUCUGGGAAAGGUCAGAAGGUCUGGCAAAAAGAAGACAAAAUCAGAGUUAACGUUUCGGUCCAGUGACCUGUUCUGAAGAAGGGUCACCGGACCUGAAACAUUAACUCUGAUAUUUUCUUCACAGAUUCAGCCAGACCUGCUGAUCCUUUCCAGCAGCUUCUGUUUUUGUUCCAAGACAUUUCUAAUGCCUUUGAGAUUUGUUUGCAUCUGCAAACUACCCUUCCUGAAGCUAUUUAAAUGCAUUAUUGAAUCUACUUUUGGAAUUUUUAAUUACACUGAAUCUGAUAAUUGAUGAAGGGUGUAUUUAGUUGUAUAUGUAGUCAUGUCUACAAAGCUUAUGAACAAUUUUGAUCUUUUAAUAUAGCAAGAAUCUGUUGUCAGUCUAUAUUUUAAAAUUCAGAUAUACUAGGUUAAGUGCUGCUGUCUUACCCAAGAUAUUACAAUGGGCAACAUUUCAAAAUAUUGAUGCUCAAUGCAUGGAAUAGGAUUCUAGUUUGCAUCCCACUCAGCUGCAGUUUUUACCAGUGGAGCUUGUGACAUGGCAGAGCAGAAGAGAUUGGAAGAUCUGCAGAAUUGUGAAACUGGGCAAUUCCUGGCACCUUCUGGCAGAUGUGCAGGCCAAUAUUUGCCAAGUGGGUGCAGGCACCACUUACCAUCUUUGCUGUCAUGUGCAAGACCAGGUCAACGAAGAACGAAAAAAAGGCAGUUUACAUAGAACAAUACAUCAAGGAUUUAAAAGGUUUUUAUAGAUGGGCGUCAUUCACAUUAGCUUGGUUUGUGCGUAUUGUGAUUGAAAAUCUCAUUUUAUUUAUUAAGAGAAACAAAUUACAAUUAAUAUAUUUUAGCUUACACACUAAGAAAUCAACACUGAAGAUUUUGAUAUUAAACUUCAGUACCUCUAUGUUGAUUGUGCCUAUACUAUUUUUUAAAAAAAUGCACACUCUUUACAUGAUAGACUCCAUCUACAAGUUCACUGAUGACACCACUGUUGUAGGCUGGAUAUCAAACAAUGAUGAGACAGAAUACAGGAGAGAUAAAAUGCUUGAUGACAUGGUGCAAAGAUAACAAUCUCUCCCUCAGUGUCAGCAAAACUAAAGAGCUGACCAUCAACUUCAGAAUCAAGGACGAGUACACGCCGCUAUCUACAUUGAUGGAGCUAAGGUGGAGAUGGUUGAGAGCGUCAAGUUCCUAGGAGUGAUGAUCACGAACUAUCUGUCCUGGACCACCAACGUUGAUGUGAUGGUCAAGAAGGCAAAACAACCCCUCUUCUUCCUCAGGAAGCUGAAGAAAUUCAGCAUGUCCAUAAGGACCCUCACCAACUUUAACAGAUGCACCAUAGAAAGCAUACUGUCUGGAUGCAUCACGACUUGGUAUGACAACCGCUCUCCCCUAAGAAACUACAGAAAGUUGUGUACAGCCCAGUCCAUCACGCAAGCCAGCGUUCCAUCCAUUGACUCCGUCUACACUUCUCGUUGCCGUAGAAAGGCAACUAACAUAGUCAAAAAUCCCUCCCAUCCUGGUUAUAAUCUCUUCCCACCUCUUCCGUCAGGCAGAAGAUACAACGACCUAAACACACAUAUCAACAGGUUCAAGAACAGCUUCUUCCUAGCUGUUAGACUCUCAAAUUUCAAAUCUAAUAUAGAUCUUCCUGUUUGUGCACCUUCUCUGCAGCCAUAACUUUGUAUUCCUCGCUCUGUUCAAUCACUUUGAUCUCUGUAAGAUAUGAUCUGCCUGUACUGCAUGAAAAACAAAACCUUUCACUGUACCUAGGUACAUGUGACAAUAAUAAAUCAAAUAAAGUGUUGGUUGGUGAACAAAG